GUCAUAAACUGAAGUAAUAUGUAAGGAGACAUGACAACUUUGAGGAAGGGAGUUGUCGGACCACCUCUUCAAGAUCCCUAGGGGGGGUAGGCCAGAUGGCAGAGGUUGCUUCUAUCUCAAGAGCACGUGGCCUCCUCUCCGAGAUAUGGUCUAGAAUAUCCGGCUUCUUCGAAGACGAUAUCGACUCGAGGGCCACUUCUAGUUCUUCGCUCAGUGUUUCAAGUUUCGAGGGUUCCUCGCAGCUGCUACCAAGCAGACAGUGUGAAAAGAGGUGCUUGGUGGAGCUUCCGGAGGAUAUCAAUAUCCCUGAACACAAAGAUCUAAACUCCCAAGAAGACAUGAGUGAUAUUCCUCGCAACGUCGAGCUUCCAAAUACUAUAGCAGAUGAGCCAUUCAAUGCGCAUGUUCAACAUCCGGGGACAACCUUUGACACACAACACAUUGAUGGCGUUAUUGCUAAGAAAUCUCACUCCUGGGCGGGAAUCACAGAGCAUGAAUUCCUGGACUUGCUAGACCUCAUAGAGCAUACCCCAGAAGUAGCGGAAUUUUUUUCUCCACAAUUCUUGGUAAGGUCAGGAAAAGAAAGCGAAGACCAUAGCAACGAAGUGCACGAAGUGGGCUCAGCGAUGUCAUUAGGAAAAUGUACCCGUGAUAGAGCUGAUUCCGGAUUUUCCGAAAUCCCCAGUCCAUGUUCCUCAAGGUGCAGUCUCUUUUCCGCGGAUAGCUGGAAAUCGUUUUGUCAAGCCUUGGAAGACUCGUAUACAUCCGGGACAUUGGAGGACUCGUCCUACGAGACAUCCGUGGACUCUAUGACUGACAUAUGGGAGGAGCCAAUGGCGAAAGAAGACGAGAAAUCGACAACCAAGCAGUGCAAACACGCAUCCUUUCAUUCGGUAUCGUGUUGCGCGCAAUAAGAAUGAGAUGGUCACAAAUUGCUUUCAAUAUAUAUAAAAACACCAGAAAUUUGUGUUGUCGCCAGAAACUUAUGUUCUUCUGUGUUCCUGCCACAACUUGUGGUUAUACUAAUUCAUUUCCAUAAAUGCUCAGAGUUAUAUAUUUUCAUGUAUUAUUAUGAUUUCGGAGCUAAUCUUUAAUAAGUAACACAUCCAUAUGAUCACAAGCGUCUAAGCGUUGGGUUUGGCUGAUAGUCCACAGAACAUAUUAAAAAACAAAUUUGAUCCCACGAAAAUUAAAACCACCUUCACCUGUUUCCUUUGAUAAACGAAUUAAUUUAAAUCGUAUCUGAGACAAUGGUUAAACAUUUGCUAUCGUAAAAACUUAUAAAAUGAGCUCUAGUUCGUAAUAAAAAAUUAAAAUACA